AUGUUGGGAAUCUCAGUUCUCCUGUGCCACAUUCAAGCCUCUAAACCAUUUGAGUGCCACCUCCUCCUUAUCUUUGUUCUCAGUCUAGAUCUAGGAUCAGGUCAGUUUCAGGUGAUUGGCCCAGAUGAGCCUAUUCAGGCAUUGGUGGGAGAAGAUGUUAUUUUCUCCUGUCAUGUCUUACCCAAGAUGAGUUUGGAAGUCAUGGAGGUGAGAUUCUUCAGGGACCAAUUCUCUUCAGAGCUGUCUCUAAUCAAGGAUGGGAAAGAAAUGCAGAAGAAGCAAAUGAAGGAGUAUCAAGGGAGAACCCAGUUUGUGCAAGAUGCCAUCACUGAAGGGAGAGUCUCCUUAAAACUGAAGAAUAUAACCCUUUCAGAUUCAGGGCUAUAUGGAUGCUGGUUCAGCUCCCAAACUUUCUACCAGGAUCACACUUGGGAACUACAUGUAGCAGCUCUUGGGUCAUCCCCUCUCAUCUCUCUUGAGAGAUAUGGAGAUAGAUACAUAUUGCUGGUAUGUCAAUCAUCUGGCUGGUUCCCCAGGCCUGAGGCACAGUGGAAAAAUCAUCAAGGACAGUCUUUGUCUUCAGACUUCAAGGUGAACACAGGGAAUAAUGGCCUAUUUGACAUAGAAACCUCUUUCAUUGUACAAGAACCUUCAACUGGGGAUGUCCUAUGUUCCCUCCACAUGAGGGGCCUCAGACAAGAGUGCAGAGUGAAAGUAGCUGAUCAAUUUUUCCAGCAUUCUCCUUGGAGCUAUGCUUUCUUUAUUAUGAUGGCUAUCUUUGUGAUUCUUGUUGCUUUUGGAAUUUCACUUCAUAGAUAUCAAGGAAAACUUAUGAAAGAUCUGGACUGGAGGAUAAAAAUGGGGGAAAAAGGAUGGGAAAAUGCCACUAAGCAUGCAGUGGAGGUGACUCUGGAUCCAGAAACUGCUCACUGUAUACUCCAUGUAUCGGAAGACUGUAAAAAAGUGACCUAUGGAGACAUUAAGGUUCUUGAUAUACCUGAAACUGAGAAGAGAUUUCAGUCUCCAAGUGUAGUGGCUUCACAAGGUUUCUCUUUGGAGGAAUUUUAUUGGGAAGUAGAAGUUGGGAAGAAAAAUCGAUGGUACCUGGGGGUGUGUUGGGAUAAAGUGGACAGGAAAAACAAAGAUCCUGAACUCUCUCCUGCCAAUGGCUACUGGGUGUUGGGGCGAUGGAACCAACAUGAGCAUUUUACAUUUGCCCCUAGUCGACAGGCUCUGACUCUUCAUGUGCAGCCAAAACGGGUAGGGAUUUUCCUGAGCUGUAGGUAUGAGCAAGUCUCCUUCUACAAUGUGACUGACAAAUCACACAUCUAUACAUUCACUGGCUGUGAUUUUAAUGGGAAAAUCAUCCGCCCAUAUUUCAGGCCUCGUUCUAAUGAAAUUAAUGAACAUUUGCCUUCCUUGAUUAUCUGUACCAAAGUAUCUGAACUGUAG